AUGCUGUGGUCGGCUUUCGUCUUUGGUCUUGCGCAAUUCGCCGCAGCCAAACCACUUGCCUCGAAACGAUGGGCAACUGCUGAGCCGGCUGUAAAGCAUGCGUGGCUUGAGACCCCUGGUGGUUGGGAGUACCAUUCUGCCCCUUCUGCCGACCAUCUCCUCGAGCUUCGCAUUGGGUUGAAGCAGGACAAGAUCGAUGAGCUCAUCAAAGCUCUCUAUGAAGUUAGCGACCCAGUCCACCACAAGUAUGGUCAGCAUCUUUCCAAGGAGGAAGUCGACGCACUUGUCGCUCCCCAUCCCGAUUCCAUCGAGGCCGUUGAAUCUUGGCUGCAAUACCACGACAUCGACCCGGCUAAUGCUCAUUUCCGCUCGGGAGGCGGCGAGUGGAUCACGCUCCACAUUCCAGUUGGCAAGGCAGAGAAAAUGCUUGACACCAAGUAUGGCGUCUAUUACAAUUCCAAAUCAGACGAGUACAUCGUCCGCACCAUGUCCUACUCUCUCCCACAAGAAUUGCAUUCCCACAUCGACGUUAUUACCCCAACAACUUACUUUGGUACUAUGCGGGCCAUGCGAUCAACGAGCUUCAUCCAAGAUGCCCACCCCAUCACUGCUCUCAACUCGGCCUCGUUCGCCGCCGAAAUUUCCCCGUUGGCUGUCCCAGCGAGUUGUGGGUCAACUGUCACACCCGCCUGUCUCAGAGCGAUGUAUAACACGACCAACUAUGUCCCCAAGGCUACUGCAACCAACAAACUGGGUAUUGCAGGAUACCUGGAGGAGUUCGCCAACGAUGCCGACCUCCAAACCUUCUUCUCCAGGUUCCGCACUGACGCUGCCGGUGCCAAGCUCACACACAUUCAACUCAACGGAGGUUUGAAUGACCAGACCGAUCCUGGUGUUGAAGCGAAUCUCGACGUUCGUAAGUCACUGUUAUCAUACGGGUGGACUGGACUGGGCGUCACAUUGUCAUGUCUGAAUCAUCGUACAGAUACCGGUGGCUCUCCUCCAUUCAUCGCCGAUUCCGCCACUACCAGCAACACCAACGAGCCGUAUCUCGACUGGUUGAACUUCGUUCUCAACCAGACGACCGUCCCUCAGACUUUCACAACAAGUUAUGGCGAUGACGAGCAAACAGUUCCCGUUGACUAUGCUACCUCGGUAUGCAACCUGUUUGCUCAACUUGGCGCUAGGGGAGCAAGCAUAAUGUUCAGCUCUGGAGAUGAAGGAGUUGGUGCAGGUAGCUGCAGAACUAAUGAUGGAACCAACAAGGUCCUCUUCCAACCCGCUUUCCCGGCAAGCUGCCCAUUCGUCACUGCAGUUGGAGGAACGACCCGCGUCAAUCCUGAAGUCGGUAUCUCAUUCUCUGGCGGAGGCUUCUCGCGAUACUUCUCACAACCCUCGUACCAAACUACCGCUGUUUCAACUUUCCUGACUGGGCUGGGCACCAAGUUCGCCGGGCUCUACAACGCUGGUGGCCGCGCAUAUCCGGAUGUGUCAGCUGCAAGCAAUGGAUUCCAAGUUGUCAUCAGCGGGAGAACCAGCUCUGUCGGUGGAACCAGUGCAAGCUCUCCAACGGUCGCUGCCAUCGUCUCGCUUUUGAACGACUUCAGAAUCUCCGAAGGCAAAGCGCCUCUUGGCUUCCUGAACCCCCUCAUCUACUCUACUGCCUCGACUGGCUUUAACGACAUCGUUUCUGGUUCCAACCCUGGAUGUGGUCAAACCGGCUUCACCGCGGGUGCCGGCUGGGACCCUGUGACUGGCUGGGGCACUCCUGACUUUUUACGUCUGCAAGCAUUGGUGGGAUAG